UGGUGUACAAUCAUUGUCACUUUGGUCAUUUUAUCUAAAGGAGAAGAACAUGGUGAUGUCGUAGUUCGUCUUUGUGAAGAAAAUUUAGAAUUUGACUCGAAAUUACUGUCUUCGUCUGUUACUGUCUAGUGUCGAUUUAAUAGCAUUUUGUUCAAUGUUGCAUUCCGCGUAGUAUUUAAUGAGCCAACUGUCUGCUUGUCGCACAAAUAGUUAGUAGAAACCGAACAGUUUGGCAUCGUAACACCGGAUGGUCUAGCUAACCUACGACUACCUCGACGAACAUUCCAUUUCCGUAAGCAGGGAAAAGAAAAAUAAAGAAGUAAACGAGUAGUUAGAAGAAAGAAGGAACAUCUUCGUAACGACAAGACUGAUCGAAAGAAAAGCAAUCAUCACAUCACAUCAACAUGGCAAAUGCGCUUCCUCAGUCAUUAUCGUUCGCUGUGCAAGAGCUGCUGUCACGUUUCUACAGUCCGCAAACGAAUAAUGAAGAGAAAAAGGCCAUCGAAUUGAAACUGCAGGAGCUGCAAACUACGUCGUUCAAUUGGCGCACAUGUUUGCUGUAUAUGAAUACAAUUGAAAAUUCAUAUUUAUGGUUUUUUGCUGCCACUACCAUCGAGCGAACGGUUAACUUUCUGUGGAAGCAUCUGAACGCGUCGGAACAGACAGAGCUGCGUCUCGAACUGUUCAAUCUGUUCAUCAAUUACCCAUCGGAUGUACCGGCGCUGCAGCGCGACAAGAUGGCAAAGAUAAUGGCAACGAUAGCGCGGCAACAGUGCAUCAGCAACGAAAAUAAUUACGGCGAGUUUGUUACACACGCGCUGGAACUCAUGGAAAGUAAGUUUUUUCUCGGAAUGGCACUGGUUGCAGCCAUCGGUGAUACGGUCACGUCCACGGAAAACACACAAGCUGCCAACUUCACCCAUACAGUAAACCGGCACACACCGCAUAUUAUGCAGGCGCUAAACAAAUAUUGCGGCAUGUUCGUGAUGCUGGUGCGCGGUGACGGUGAGCUAACGAUUUUCGACUCGCUGAGUGACGAGCGCAAAAAUCAACAUUGUUCGCAACUGUUGAACAUAAUCCAACAGUACUUUAGCUGGAUGAAAUUAGACCAGGUAGAGGCAAUGCUGGUCGGUAACAUCUCGUUUGUCGCUUGCUCGUGGAAUAUGCUGCGUGACGGUGCGAUUGGAGCGAUCGGUGCCUUAACCGAGCUGCUUUAUCGCAACGAAUCCCUGACGCAGGAAGCGGGUUAUCAGCUGGCGCGCGGUGUCUUACACAUUCUAGCACAGGAAGCAAUCAAACUGUCGGACGACCUGUACCAGGAGAAGGUGUGUGAUCUCGUCCGGCAAUACAUUAAGCGCGGUUGGCCAUACGAGCGGGACGACAGAUCGCAUCUGUUGCAUCUCCUGCUCGAAUUUACCCUGUGUACAAAAACGCCGUACGCACUGAUGGAUCGGAUUAACAUAUGGAUGUACGUGUGCGGUUCGCGGUACGCGGAAGAUGUUGAGAACGAACAAUGUCUCGUCGGAACGGAACUUUCACCGGAGUUUGCACAAAAACUAAUGGGCUUCCUAACGCAAACAUUAUUUUUCCGCACCUAUCCGGAUCUGGAACUGCUCGACGAUGAAGAGCUCGAUGAAAAUUCCGAAACCGAAGUGAAUCGUUUCCAGAAUCAAAACAUUGAUUUGAUAUGUCAGCUGUUACGGUUCCUGGAUCCACCAAUGUUAGAGGAAGCAAUGAUUUCGCUGCUGGAAAACAAUUCUUCCAGCCCGUAUGUAGAGGGGAACGCUUUUUUCCGUGGAAUGGUACAGGCGGUGCAGGGCAAUAUGCAACUGCUGCAACGGUAUGAAGAUGAGCGUAUGACACGUAUCUGCAUGGUAGACUACAUAACCGCUUGCAAUCUGGUGGUCGAGCUGGCGAUGGUGCUGUACGGGAAGUAUCCGUCGAUUGACUUUGCCAUACACCAAACGUUCAUAGGCCAUGUUCAGCUUCUGUUUGAGAUCAGCGAUGUUCUCGGUCCCGUGGUGGAUAUAUGUACACGAAUGGUUUCAUUUAAUGCAUACAUGUUUCCUGCGCUUGCUCGGUUAAUUUUGCAGAUUAAACUAUGCAUGCAGAUCGGUUCAACAACACAAUCAAACAAACAGCAGGGUUUGCGCAAAAUAUGUGAUAUCGUCACGAAUGAGCAAAAGUUCAUUUUGAUGCUAAAACUACCGAUAUUUAUAAUGCACGAAAAUAGUGCCGAUCGCGCUGCCUGGACGCGGGUCAUCGUUGCAUCUAUCAAACUGAUCAACCUGUACUUGUCCGAGAAACUGUUGGGGCCAAAAACCUGCUCGAUGGUAUUUGAUGCGUUGAAGGGCAGUGUGGUCAGCUCGAAAUUGCUGCACCUGGAAAGGGAAACGCGCAGCAUGGUGCACCGGACCGUCUGCACCUGCAUACUGAUGAUGAAUGAUUUAAGCGACGUAAAUGCGUCGGAAAUAAUGCCAGUGGUAUUGCUUGAACAGUACAUCGGGUUUAUCGCAAGUACGAUUAAUGAUUUUGUACCUGCCCAGUGGGAGCUGCUGCAGCUCGAGCAACAGAAACAGCUAAUAGCAACGAUGACAGACGAGCUGGAGCAUCUCACCUAUACGAUGGCGUACUACCAAUCGCAAAGCAGUAUCAUGCGGUCGCGGCUCUCCAUUGCGAUGUAUCGCGUGAUCGAGCAGGUGUUAGUCAUCUUCCGCAGUUCGCUUGCCGUUCGCACCUGGGCGACGAAUGAUACGGCGAGCUGUCGGCUGUUUAAGGUGCUGCUGGAAUUUUGCAGCUACUCGGUGAGCUUGCAGUCCAAGCUGGAGGUGCGCCUGCUGAAGGAGAUCGUACAGCUGCUGAAGGAGCUGUUCGCUGCGGAGGAAAGCAUCGGGACGCAUCGGUUGCGUUCGGCCCUGACGCUGUUAAACACGUUCCGGCAGCUGGUGCCGGAUCAGCACAAUCGUUCACUCGUGCCGGAUAUCAUACACAUCGUGAUCGAUGAACUGUUGCCGGUCGUCGCAUGCGAUGAACGCUACUCGGAUAAGGAAGAAUCGCUUCGGUACGAGGACGUACUGAACAGGCUGUACGAGCUGCUGCACGAUUUGCUCCACCAUCGGUGGCAGUAUUUCGUCGACACGAAUCCGGCGGCACGGUUUCAACCGGAGGCACGCACCAUCGUCCAACCGGAAGCAUUUUUAGCCAUCAUGAACGCGUACGGUUAUGCGCUGUUGAGCAACACCGGCUAUCCGCUGGUGGUCGGUACGGUGCUAACGUCCCUCGAUAUGCUGCACGGGCGACGGGACUUGUACCGUCUGCAGCUGUUCGCGGUGCAGCUACUGAACCAUUUCAUGAAGUCACUGCUAAAGCUAGCCGUCUCCAGCGUUGGCCACAUCCAUCUAGAUCAAAUAGUCAAGGUGCUUUACGGCAUGGCAGAUGGCGAUUCGAUCAGACUGAAGGUAAUCAUAUGUGAUCUGGGUAUGACCCACGACCUAAACACACUGCACAUGCUCCAAUCGGCCACGGAUCUACCAUCCUUCCGGAUGGCUUUAAAUAAGAUAAUCAACGAAGCCAAAGCGCAACCGCCAGUUUGCAAGAAUUUUAAUUUCCUCGAUUAAGCAUAUUCAGCAUCGUUCUUUUGUUAGUGACUAUUUCUAAACCGUAAACAGCAGUGUUGGUUGUUUGCAACAAUAUGAUUUAUUAUAUUUUAUAAUACAAGGUGAGUUUUAAUUCUCUCUUGGCUACUCUGUUUAUUAUUUCUUACAAUUCAGUUACAAACAGUGAAAAAAAAACGCACACUAGCGUCGUUUUUAUUAUAUUGAAUUCCUUCUUAACGAACAAUCCUUUUUUUCGUUUACUUCUUUUAUCGCAAUAAACUAAAGGAACUGGAUAAAAAUGGUCCAAACCAUAAAUAAAACUCACAUCAUUCUUAUUGUACACACGGUACUUAAAUAAUCUAGGUAGGCUAGAUAGGCUAGAUAGGUACCGUUAAAGGGAAGAUAUGCCUAGAAUAUCUGUUCCCCGAAGCGUAAAUCACUUUCCUUUUUUUUUGUUUGCGUUUAGCUACAUGUGUUAGCAAAAGAAGAAAAAAAAACGAAACCAAUCUCAAAUAUCCGCUGAUGUGGUUAUAUGUUUCUGAAUUGUUUGUUACUAUUUAUCUGAUUGUUUAACGAAUAAAGUAAGCGUACUGCAAGGAGAGAGCACAAUUUAUAAUCCAUGAACAGUGGCAGAUGUGGGCUAGUAAUGCGGCCAUCAUUUCAAUCUCGCUCUACAU